AUGAGUGGUUCCGACUGCAGCUCUUCCCCAGGGCAUCGGGCUCGCUCCAGUAGCCCGGAGAUACGCUGGGAGGGCAAAGCUCCUCAGAAGGAUCCUCAGGAUUUGAGAGAGACCCGUGUCGGCUCCCGUAUUGAUCGUACACCCUCCCCGGACUACAUCUUCGAGCGUCACUCUCAAGACUGUGCCAGUCCCAAGACAGUGCAGCUGCAACUUCCUCUUCAACACGAUAGUGCUGAAGUUGAGUGCAAUAGCCUGGAGUGGUGGCCAUCGCAUGCGUGGGAUUGGACAGUCGCAACGGAUCCACGAUCGCGGAGAAUGCCGCCACCGUCGCCUCCGCCCUACUCCGUGUUCCUCAUGCACGUUCCCAGCACGGUGCCACCGCCACCGGAUUAUUUCCCAGAGCCGUCAGUGAGCAGUCGAGGCCACUAUCAGGGCCGAUGUGCUGCUGCUUGCAAGUAUGUCCGCAAGGCGCGCGGCUGCAAAGAUGGCAUCAACUGCGCCCGCUGUCACAUCUGCCAGUUUUGCAGCAAAGGCACCAGGAAGACGCCCAAGAUGCAGUUUGGAGAAGCGACACCCAGUACACGAGAAACCAGAUCGUCGACUGCCUGA